GGCGGGCACGGCUCCCGGGACAUGAGCAAAUACGACAACACAUUGUUGACCCCAGCCACCUGCGUGUCGAGCGAUGACGGCAUGACGAUGUCGACGGCGGGAGGGAGUCAUCGGGGGAGAUGGACCGGCCGGUUUGGGAAGCGCUCCUCCCACAAAGACCUGCUGCUGACGUCGAAAACUCCGCAGCCGGCGACAACAAGCAGCAUGACCUCGGAUCCCGCCGCUGACAUCGAGAAGAGGAGGGCGAAGACGUCGAACAUCAUCAAGCGUGCGGUACACAAGAUAAACAAGAAAAGGAGGCGGUCCUUGCCUCCCUCUCAGUCCCGGUCUUCUUCUUCGCGUGGUGCUGCUGUUAGCGAGGAACCUCCGAAGAUCGACGACCUCGGGAUCGAUCCGCGGCUGCUGGAGAAGUGGAAGGCCCGGAAAGAGCUCAAGAAGCAAGGGGCGGUGGCGGGGGGAAGGCCGGUGUCGGCAUCCAGAGGGACGGCGACGCUUGUCAUGGUGGGGCUGUCAUCUGGGUCGCUGGUGUGGACAAAGGAACGGAUACGGACGUGGAGCCAAGCUCACGGGGUUCUGCUGGCGUUGUGCGUUAUGAUUGCCGCGGUGGCUAUCGCUUGCACCCUUAUCUUGAGUCGAUGUUCUUGAAAAGGCAGGGUUUUUUUCUGUUAGGCUUCGGAUGGGGCCAUGAUUGACAUGUUCAUUUUUAAGAGAAAUGCGCCUGUUGUGCAUGGGACGAUCUGGCUUCACGGAAGGCACCCGACGCUUUGGAGGUGUGCUGUGCGGUACAUACUGUUAUUGACCUCGCGCAGAACCUGUUGGACUGUCUUUCGUGCGUGCGUGAUUUCUUUGUAUGUACCAAUACAACGUUAGGGUGACAUUUCGUUGUUUGAUUUUAUUUAUAGAAGUGUUUUUGUGAAAAUGAAUCAAGCCCCCCCCGAUGCUAUCAAACUCACGGGCGCUCUAUCUACCUACUUCGUAGCUCAGUAUUUGUGUUGUACUUGUAUUCUGCGCAAGAACCGGGGCGGAUUCGUGAGGGUGAUAAACCUACACGCGGGCCCUUCCACAAGAUGCAGUUAUGUUUUGCUUGUUGUUCCUUUGUUAAAACAGUCUAUGCUGUCACAGCUGCUAUCUCCGUCGACUCACUUUUGCAUUCGUAUUAUUUGAAAUUUCGGUCGUUUGAGAACUUUGUUUGCAUAUUUUUUCCUUGGUGAACGCUGCCAUGCUAUUGUGGGCUGUCUUCGUGCACUUGUUGUAGAGAUUUCCUGCCCUGUCUCUACCGCUUCCACGUCAUCUGCUUUUUUGUCCUUCCAGAGCCAUGUGUCACGGAUGUUGUGAUGCGGGCGUUCUCGAUAUUUCCCUCGAGACCUUUCUCUAGGAUAUGUACGUGGCGAAGUUCAUGAGGAAUGAGUAGCAGACGUCGGCCCGGUCACGGAGUUUGUGGCUUGCGCUGGAGACAUGUUGAGCUGGAUCCAUGUGACCACCGUAAGUUUGUACAGCCACCUUGGGCCAAGAUAAUGCAAGUUGUAAAUACGGGGUGUAUGAAAUCUUCCUUUUUUGUCUGUGAGACGCUGUGACGUGGUCUCAAACAAUCAACCGAUGUGUAUCGAGACUGCUGUGCAUGAAAUUUUCCGGAAGGGUCGAAUGAUGACAUUGGUUUGGUUUCAUUAUCCGAACGCCGCUGACAUGAACGUAUGGUUCGACGAAGCUCUUGAUUGGCUCGUAGGCAAAGCAUAUUAUCCUUUUUUUCUCGUUGGUGUGGCCUUGCGGAAUCUGCCUCGGAUUUCCCUGGAAAGCAGGACAUGGUGUUCGCGGUCGACAUGUAGUUUCCCCGAAGUUUGGCUUUGCUCCGUAAGUAUGUAGACGGAGUAAUAACGAGAGUUACAUCGUGUAGAUAUCUACCAAGCAAGGUGGUGGCAGUCUGCAUCAGACAGGGCAAAUUAUUGAAAGCUUGCAUCAUGAUAGACUGAAAGAAAAAAUGGCGGCCUGCCUAAGAAAGGAAGACAGAGAGAGAAAGUGGUUGUUUCGCAGCGUCAGAGCCCAUACAUAGAUAUGGUUAACUCGCACAUAACGGAGAGAAGGCAGGCGCUCUGAACAUAAAUGCGUUUUAGUGUGUCACGAAUGAAGCAAAGGACGAAACACCUGACGCCC